GAAGAAGAAGAAGAAGAAGAAGAAGAAGAAGAAGAAGAAGCGGGCCGCGUUUAUUUUUACGCUGUUGUUUUUAUUUUCCCCAAAUAUGUGUGGCGUUUGAUAAAGAAGCGACAUUAAAGCUUGAUUGUGCUAAGGUAAACUCGUCAAAGUGGACGCCGAACGUUUUAAAAAUUAGUCCGCUUUAUUUUAUUUUUUUUUGCUAGCUGUCGAUCGAAGUUCGCACCGCGUUGCAGACGCUUGUGUGAGCGCCAUUAGUCAGAUUGUGGGAAAACAUGGUUAAAAUCCAACUGCUGAGAACUUUGAUGGAACAGCGGCUAAAUGUUGCUUUUGCAGAGAUUUUUCGACUGGUUGAGAGAACCAUAGCAGAGUACGAGGAGGAACUUUGGACAACGAAACGGGAGAAAGGCCGAGAACGCCAACUACUAGAUUCUGCUCUUCAGCCUCAAGUGGUUUUACACAGAAUAGGCAUCCAUCAUAUGUUAUUGAAGAGUGAAGAAGUCCCCGCUAAGGAGCAAGAGUGGAGCUCCAGUGUAGAUCAGGAGGAGCAAAAACCCCCUUGCAUUAAAUUGGAAGAAGUACAAAUGUGCAUUGGUCAGGGUGGGACGCAGCUUCAAGUACCAGAGGAGGAUGACCUAAAAACAGAGUUCCUAUUGACUGGCGUUGUUCUGAAAGGUGAAGACGAUGAAGAUAAAGUUCAGUCCAUACAGCUUCAUGACAGUCAAAGUGAGGAAAGCAGAGGUGGGAAAUCUCUGACGGACAAUGAUAAAGAGCCAGACAAAGUCUUUGUUUCACUGUCAGAAAUGGACGACGGGAUGAACAACGGGGCGCAGUCUCCACCUCAGUACAUCUUGACAGAAAAUUAUAAAGAGCACUGUGGAGAACAUCUAUCAGAACCAGAGAACGUCUAUGUUUCAUUUUCAGAUGUGGAUGACAAGAUUAACAGAGGGCUGCAGCCUAUACCUCAAAACAUCUCGACAGAAAAUGAUGAGCACUGUGGAGAACAUCUAUCAGAACCAGAGAACGUCUUUGUUUCAUUUUCAGAUGUGGAUGACCAGAUUAACAGAGGGCUGCAGCCUAUGCCUCAAAACAUCUUGACAGAAAAUGAUGAGCACUGUGGAGAACAUCGUCUAUCAGAACCAGAGAACGUCUUUGUUUCAUUUUCAGAUGUGGAUGACAAGAUUAACAGAGGGCUGCAGCCUAUGCCUCACAACAUCUUGACAGAAAAUGAUGAGCACUGUGGAGAACGUCUAUCAGAACCAGAGAACGUCUUUGUUUCAUUGUCAGAUGUGGAUGGCAAGAUUAACAGAGGGCUGCAGCCUAUACCUCAAAAGAUCUCGACAGAAAAUGAUGAGCAUUGUGGAGAACAUCUUCUAUCAGAACCAGAGAACGUCUUUGUUUCAUUUUCAGAUGUGGAUGACAAGAUUAACAGAGGGCUGCAGCCUAUACCUCAAAACAUCUUGACAGAAAAUGAUGAGCACUGUGGAGAACAUCUUCUAUCAGAACCAGAGAACGUCUUUGUUUCAUUGUCAGAUGUGGAUGACCAGAUUAACAGAGGGCUGCAGCCUAUGCCUCAAAACAUCUCGACAGAAAAUGAUGAGCACUGUGGAGAACAUCUUCUAUCAGAACCAGAGAACGUCUUUGUUUCAUUUUCAGAUGUGGAUGACAAGAUUAACAGACGGCUGCAGCCUAUACCUCAAAACAUCUCGACAGAAAAUGAUGAGCACUGUGGAGAACAUCUUCUAUCAGAACCAGAGAACGUCUUUGUUUCAUUGUCAGAUGUGGAUGACAAGAUUAACAGAGGGCUGCAGCCUAUACCUCAAAACAUCUCGACAGAAAAUGAUGAGCACCUUGGAGAAAAUAUCCGCUCGGAAUCUGAUCAAACACAACCAGACAGACUCUUUGCUUUACGGUCAAAUACUAAUGACGUGAUCCACACGUUGCCGCAACCUCUGAGCACUAGUUCAACUCAACACAAGGCAGUAAUGGGAAAUGGAAACGUCCCCUUGAGAAAAGUCUUCCCUUGUACACUUUGUAAAAGAAGAUUAUCCUCAGCGUUUGCUCUGAAAAGACACAUGACGAUACACAACGGGGAGAAUCCUUUUACGUGUUCAGUUUGCGAUGAGAGAUACAGACAAAAGCACAAAUAUUAUGCACACAUGAAAACACACUCUGAACAGACCCACAAAGAAAGACCACGUACGGUUUUCAAAUUGGCUCCACCCUCAGAUACGGGCAAGACGAUGCCACAACCGGUUAUACAGAAGAAAUCGGUUAAACAGAAGGAACCGCGGAAGAAGUCGUCUAGCUGUCCAGUUUCUGGUCUAAAAUUUAACAAGACGUCCCAGACAAUCCACAAGAAAAAACAUGUUGAAGAGAAAGAUGCUGCCUGCUCUAUUUGUAACCAACCAUUCCCUAAUCCAAAAUACCCGACGGCACACUGGGAACAACAUAGACAUGAGAGACUGUUUCGCUGCACUGUUUGCAAGUACCGAUUCUCCACGCUACAACUUUUUAAGACACACUUUAAAAGACACACUUUGGCAAACGCUAAAUACUGUCCAAUCUGUUGUAAAACAUUUGAGUUGCGACCCCUUGUCGCGACACACAUGAGAAAACAACACGGCGGGGAAACAUUUUUUCACUGCGACUGGUGCCGCAAAUUUUUCUUGUAUAAGGAAAAGUUUGACAAACACAAGUGUCGUAAACACAAAAAAGGCAAUGAUGUCCAAGCAGCUGCCUAACAAACUGUGUUUCAUAUUUGUUUUUGUAUAUGUUUGCUUCCUUUGUUAUUCUUCCCCAAAUGUUUUCUUCUGUGAUUGCAUGCAUUGUAGCGUCUUUAGAUUUUGUUGUUAGAAAAUGGACAGAAUUUCUAGGCGCAGUCAGGGCGUUGAAGGUAUAUGGUUUGCUGGCUGCAGGAUUAGGUCUCUGCUUUUUGCAGAUAAUGUGGUUUUAAUGGCUUAAUCUGGCCAAGAUCUUCAGCUUGGAAAACUUGGAAAACUCUCUAGCAGGAAAACUCACACCCAGUGGGACGUCUGUGACAAUGAUGACUAUGAGAAACCUUGGGGACUCUGUAGGUAGAAGCACAGUUUAUUUUUCAUACCAUUGCAAUUGUAUCCAAAUUCCUUGUUCUCUGUAAUAGAAAAGUGAAUACAUAAAUAAUAAAUAAUAUACCAUAGUAAUAAAAAAAAAAAAGGGUUCUAGAUGUUUAUCAUAAUUAUGUUCUGUGUACUUUGUGAACAUUUAUAGUUUGAACAGUCUCUUAAACUGAAUCAUAUUGGUCCUUCGUUUGAUUUCUUUGGUUAAUCCAUUCCAUGAUUUAAUUCCACAUACAGAUAUGCUAAAAGUUUUAAGUGAUGUGCGAACAUACCAAUGUUUUAAAUAAGAUUUCCCUCCAAGGUUAUAUUUCUCCUUUUAUUGAGAAGAAUUGUUGUACAUUCUUGGAUAGCAGGUUAUAGUUGGCUUUGUACAGAACUUUAGCUGUUUGCAAAUGCACCAAAUCAUUGAAUUUCAAUAAUUAUGAUUUAAUAAAUAAAGCGUUUGUGUGUUCUCUA